CAGCAACUGACUGACUGAAGUUGAGAAAGCCCCGUGUACUGUGCGUUACUGGGGGAUUUCAGUGGGUGUAGGUGUGGGUAAAAAUGUUACCCUUAUCAAUUAAAGAUGACGAAUAUAAGCCUACAAAAUUCAACCUCGUCGCCAAGAUUUCAGGAUGGUUUCGAUCAAUUCUCGCGGACAAAACCUCUCGGAACCUGUUCUUCUUCCUCUGUCUGAACCUGUCAUUUGCCUUUGUGGAGCUACUCUACGGCAUCUGGAGUAACAGUUUGGGCCUCAUCUCCGACUCCUUCCACAUGUUCUUUGACUGCACGGCUCUCCUGGCCGGCCUAGCAGCUUCAGUCAUCUCACGGUGGAGAGCCAACGACUCCUUCUCUUACGGGUACGUGAGAGCAGAGGUGCUGGCCGGGUUUGUCAACGGCCUCUUUCUCAUCUUCACCGCAUUCUUCAUCUUCUCUGAGGGAGUUGAGCGUGCUCUGGAGCCGCCUGAUGUCCAUCACGAUCGGCUGCUCCCCGUCUCCAUCGCCGGGCUGCUGGUCAACCUGGUGGGCAUCUUCGUGUUCCAGCACGGGGGGCAUGGCCACUCACAUGGCGGAGAGGGUCACGGCCAUAGCCACUCCCUCUUCAACGGCAGCGCAGGCCACGCCCACAGCCAUGGUGGCCAAGGGCAUGGGCACAGCCACGGCGGGCAUGGGCACAGCCACGGGGGUCAUGGGCACGACCACGGGCACGACCAUGGGCACGACCACGGGCAUGGAGGCCACGGGCACUCCCACGAGGAGCCCUGUCAUGACGACCACAGUCUGGACACUGGCAAGGUCUCCAGCAAACAGAUCCUGGAUGGAGUCUUUUUACAUAUUGUGGCGGACACUCUGGGAAGUAUUGGAGUGAUCAUCUCGGCGCUCCUAAUGCAAAAGUACGACCUGAUGAUCGCAGAUCCCAUCUGCUCCAUGCUCAUCUCCAUACUCAUCGGAGUCAGUGUGGUGCCUCUGCUGAGGGACUGCAUCGGGAUUCUCAUGCAGCGCACCCCCCCCUCCCUGGACCACGUGCUGCCAGAGUGCUACCAGCGGGUGCAGCAGCUGCAGGGUGUGUAUAAUCUGCAGGAGCCCCAUUUCUGGACGCUGUGUACGGACGUCUACAUCGGAACCCUCAAGUUGCUAGUGGCACCCGACGCCGACGCAAGAUGGAUCCUGAGCCAGACACACAACAUCUUCACACAGGCUGGCGUGAGACAGCUCUACGUUCAGAUUGACGUCGCAGCCAUGUAGAGGAAACAUGAAGGUCGCGUGUGUGUGUGUGUGUGUUCGCUCCCUGCUGGGAGUGAAGGGACCAAAGCCCCGCUGCUCUGUGGGGGGGGGGGGGGGGUGUGGGACAGGGGCGCACUCAACCCCCCUCCCCCCCAAUCUGGCCUUUCUCUUGUGGCCCCCCCAGGACCACGGCCCUGUGCCCCCUGCCAACGCCGAAUGGACCUCUCGGUCUCAUCCACCCCCAACCCCCCCACUUGACAGUGGGAUUUCCUCCUGUUUUUCUUAUUUUUAGUCUGAUUUUGUAGUUGUACCAAUGGAGUGUUUAUUUGAUCUGUGUGUAAUCAAAGUGUGUGUGUGUGUGUCAGGCAGGACAGUAUGAAGUGUGUUUUCUGCCCUAAGUUGCAUCAGGGUGGAAUGUGUGUGUGUGUGUGUGUGUGUGUGUGUGUGUGUGUGUGUGUGUGUGUGUGUGUGUGUGUGUGUGUGUGUGUGUGUGUGUGUGUGUGUGUGUGUGUGUGUGUGAGAGAGAGAGAGAGAGAGAGUGUGGCUCCUCUGCAGACAGGAGCCAGUCUUUGACUCUGGGGCUCUUAAGUGCCUUGAUUCCAAUUACAUUAUGGACAAUCUGUAUAAUGACAUUGUUUCCUCCUGUGAGAUGACAUCACUUCCUCCCAUCCCAUGACGUGGGCAUGUGUGUGUUUUGUGUUGAGGACUUUCAGUCGACUCCAGCUGAGAUCGCAGCCUGUGGACACUGGACCUCGACAUUCAAAUAUCCUGUCUCAUCAUGUUCUUUUGACACCAGCCUCAUUGACCUGUGUGUGUGUGAGAGUGUGAGAGAGAGUGUGUGUGAGUGUGUGUGUGUGUGUGUGUGAGAGAGAGAGAGAAGUGAUUCAGUGAGAUGAAGUAAAGUCAUAAUUUCUUUACCCA